AUGGCAUUUUGUCGUUCAACUUUGAUCGAACGCCUUCUGAAUAGUAACAGUGGUCAAAAUACCACCACAACUUCGGGAAUUUUACGAAGUUGGAAUGGUAUCGAUUCCUUUGAACAAGACAAUAUUAUGGAAGUUUACCGGAAACUUUCAAAUAUUGAGGAACAAAUUUGGGGCAAAGUGAUUGUGAUGGAAAGAAAUAUUCGUUCUGCGAAGGCUUACCUCCGAUCGCGUGUUGUUACAAUUGACGGAAGCAAAGCUGAAUUCGACGGUCUUCGAAUUGGUUUACAACGAUUUAAAAACUCAUAUCGUGACGACGACACAAUUAGAGCAUUUGAAGCUUUCGGAAAAGGCGUAAAAAUGAAAAUUGAUGAUGUGGGUAAUAUUUGGCUUAAAUGCAUCGAAGGAAGUGUAUUUGUUACUGGAAUAUUAGGCGAGAUUAUUGUUAGGAAUGAUCCAAUCAAGAUUUUUGAUUUGAAACUUCUCAAAGAAUUCGUUUCACGACAUAAAGACUUCGAUGAAACUGUACGAGAUCGAUACAGUCGGAUGGCAAUCACUUAUGCACACGUUGAUAAGCCAACAGAUCCUCUAUCAUCAGCUUUAUGGUUUGCUAUAAUACAUCUAACAGCGUUAGAAAUGAUCCAGAUUUUGCUUCCCGGUAAUUCAGCUUCAAACACACCAUCACCAUCGGCAAGUACUGAUCUUCACAGUAUAAAUCAUUCUGAUGGCUAUUCACAGUCCAGCAGCGCGGAUAUAAACUGCAACGGACGCACCAUUUCAUCGACCAGUUCCGGCUCCUCUUCUUAUUAUUCCGGAAUCACUUCUGCUUAUUGGAAUCGACAGUUGAGAUCACGUGGUGGUGCUUAUAAAAAAAUUAAUCGUGAACCAAACAUACAUUUGUCAUCAAGGAAUACUACAAAUCCUGAACAGGAACAACGAAAAGAAAAAGGUCGAAGUCUUCUUAACCUAAAUGACUUGGAUCGAUUACAUUACCCGGCAUGUUUCCGGAAAGAACGAGAAAAUCGUGGUGGUCCAGGACAUAAACGAUUAAAUCAUUCCACACAGCAAGUGUCAGCUUCUCCUUUAACAUCUUACUGCUCGCAAAAUAUGAGCUGGCGUUCACGAAGUGAAACAUCUCUAUACUGUGAAAGACUUUAAGGAUGAAAACAACGUUUACCUCUUCACUUUUG